AUGGGCAUUUUUUCUGGCGCCAAGCAUGCUCCAACAGGCUCAUACACCGCCACCGAAGGCCAAGAGAACAAGUUUAAUACGCCGACUCAGUGUUCGACUUGGUGGACUCGAGCCACGUCAAGACUCACCUUCAACUCUGCUCGGGCAUCGAUGUUUCCGUGUUCACGCGUAGUCCACCGCGAGUACGUCGGCGACACCGUUGGCGACCUGGAUGUUGGUGCUGGAAUAGCAACCCAGCAGGUCGAGGCGAAAGUCUAUAUUGCGUGGGAAGGGUCCUCGACCGGAUACUCGCCUCCAUCCGACCAACACCUCUUCUUCCGUGCCAGGACUAGUUGUGCAGUUUUCUUUGGAAAAGACCAGCAGCAGAGUGCACAGGAUUGUCCAGACUAG